AUGAACAAUAGUGAGGAAUAUCUGAGUGACAGUACUAAGAAAAUAUUUUUCCUUAUCAACCACGUGAUCAUCGGGAUGACGAUAUGUGUCUUUGGAAUUGUGGGUAACUGUCUGAACAUUGCUGUGUUCCUCAAACAGGGCCUGCGCGUGUCUAUAAACCUGAGCCUCUUUGCCAUGUCUCUUUCUGAUCUGAUUGGUUUAAUUUUUCAAGUCUGGCACAAGUUUUGUUUGAAUCCAUACCUGGAGCUUGCAGACUUGCCCAUCGAUUUCCUGUCCGUGCAGAUCCUGACGGCGGGGUCUCCAAACAUCGCAAUGUCACGCAUCACUUGUUGGAUCACAAUGUACAUCACAGCUGAGAGAUGUCUCUCCGUUUUAUUACCUUUGAGGAUCAGAAACAUCGUGACGUUUAAAAGGACUGCGGUCAUUCUUCUCUUCUGCUACAGUAUUAACCUGGCGUUUUACUUCCCAGUAUACUCGUCCAGUUCCCUUGACUGGAGUUUUGAUCCGAAUGUGAACAGGACUCUAUUUACGAUCGUGGACAAUAACAGGACAAUGAUGGUCAGCCUGUUAAUGAACGUGUCCCACUUCUACCUGUCGGUCAUCGCUUUUAUAUGCAACGUCAUCUUCACAGCCAUCUUGGUGGUCAGUCUGAAGAAAAAGUCUGACUGGAGAAGAAGCGCCACCUUCGUCGGUGAUCAGAACGAGGCUCUCACGAGACGUGACAAGAAAACUGUCACCAUGGUGAUUACAGUGGCUGCAAUUCUCAUCGUCUGCUACUCUCCUGGCGUCACGAGUUGUUUCGUCGAAAUUUUCGUCCCUGAUUUUUCUAUUUUCGCUAAGCAAAGAAAUGUUUAUCAAGUGAUCUGGUCUUUCUGUUUCUUGUUUCAUUCAGUCAACGCCAGCAUCAACGUCAUUGUCUAUUACAGAAUUAGUUCUAAGUAUAGAACAACUUUUAAUAAGAUUUUAUUUGGAUAA